CGCUGCACCAAGCGAAGAGCUCCACGAAUUUAUUUAAUGCAAUGCAGACCGCUUUUAUAUCUUUGAUAUUAAAGUGAGAUAUAUUACGAUAACAUGUUGUUAUCAUAUCAUCUUUGCGGGGGAUCAACAAAAUGUCCGUCUCAACCUUUAAUCCUCUUGGGCGAUCCCGAAGUCUUCGAACUUCGACAGCGUCAAGCAACUUGAGGCUUCCUUCAAGCUCCAACUCACAACCACCCUCUGGCCCCUCAUACGUUGCUCUUUUCAUAACCAAUCUUCGACUUCUGGAUCUAGAUUUGCGAGAUGACUGGCCAGAUAUCACGGCGGUGACAUUCUCUACCAAGGAUGCGCAACAGAAUCAAAAGAAACGCAUACAGAGCGUAGAGUGGGCACUAUUUCAGCUAUUUGCAAUUUGGGAUCCCGAAGAGACUCGAAAUAAAUUACAACCAUUUUUCCCACCAUUCGAACCUCUCCAGUCCCUCAAUCUGCGCACCGCAUUGUUUCGAUGUCUCGAUCAGGCCAAGAAGAAUGGGGUCCUUGGACGAGAUACUGUACUGAGGAAAACCAUGCUGGACGAAUGCAAGGGCGAAAGGCUGGAGGAAGUCUUGGCGGUAUUCUCAAACGCUGUUCUGAAAAGGGUUGUUGAGGAAGACACCUCUGGACGAUACGAAGCUCUUGCUCAACAACUGGCACUGGAGAACUUUUCAUACACAGGAGAAAGGACAAUACUAUCCGCCUUGAUAUUAGCACACAAGAAAUCUUUGGGCAAGCACAUUGCUGAGAAGAACAAUUUAAGAGCCAAAUAUAGCGAGUUUUCUGGAACACUUGAGCUCAAUGAUCAACAAACCCUAAAGCGACGGGAAGAUCUCAACCAUGAGAUGGAUAAAGAAGAAGGCAAUACUGGAUUAUCCGAUAGAGAUCUAAGAUCGUUGCAAAAUACAUUUCGCAAGAAUUGGUCUGGUAGUAACGAGUGGCUGGAAACAAUUCUUUACGGAGAUAAUAGGCCCAGUAGAGAGGGACUGUUGGCCAAGCGUUUUGAUGAGCUUUGGGAUCAUAUUGAGAAUGGUACUGUUGCAGACAUAGAAGGAAAGAAUGAUACCGGGCUUGUUAAACGGCUAGAAGCACGAGUGCAAAAUCAAGAGAGCCGUUUGGCUAGAUGGCAAGAAUUUGGACGGACUUUGACUCGAAACGGUACCAAAUCACCCACCAAAAAGGUGCAGACAGUUCCUGUCGAGGAGAAGGGUAUCAAACUUGGCUUCAACGAUCACCAGACAUUGCAAAUCGGGAAGUAUUCUACAAAGGAUUUCAGUUCCGUGAACGCCCCCAUUCGAGAUGAAUAUGCUCGUUUAAUGGAAUGGACUCGCAAUGCGUUGAAUGAUGUAUCUAAGCAAAAAGUGUUUUCCAAAGAAAGCAUCAUCCAAGGUGGCUCGAUGAAAAGGUUCAGCCAGCCUUCUAUUGAUUCAACCAAAGAGUCAAUGUCACCAAGUAAUCAGGAUGGGGACAUAUCUCCGUCAACCAAAGUAUCUCCUGACCAUUCGCCUGUCUCUGUGGGGAUUCUUGAUGAGGCUGCCGAGGUUUCGACUUCUCGUAGUCCCGACAAUGAACCCAUCAUUACACCGCGUUCGAGGAUAUCCCACAGACCAAUUCCCAUUGGGUCUUCAUCAAUCAUUAGGCCUAGACAGGCAUCGGACGAUCUCGGUGUCGCUAGCGAGAAACCAUUUGAGGCCACAACUGUAAAACCGGCCAUCAAAGAUGACUAUAUAUCUGCCACUCCAAGCGCUAUGAAAUCAUCCCGUCGCCCCGUAUCCUUUGACAAGGACCCAGAACGUGAAGUAGAAAGGACCUCAUCUGAGACACCCGUAUCAAUCACAAGGAGACAUACAAUGAUAUCACAGUCAACUCUAUCUCCUUCCAAAUCGAUUCAAGCCUCUGAAAACCCUCUUGGGCCUGUUCCGGAGCUCAGCCAAGCAGAGCAGAUUUUAAAUUCCAUGUCAGCUGCAUCACCGUCGCCGCAAAAGUUGAAACGCUCGUUGUCUUUAGCAGAACGUACCCGUCUUACCAUGGCUCGUUCGAACCCACGAUACUCGAAAUCCAAUCUCAACGAUGAUUUUGACGAUUUGCCAGAUAUGGAUCGCCUCACUCUAAAUCCCAAGUCUAGAGCUACACCUGUUAAGUCUUCUGUAACGGAAGAAGAAAAACAUGCGGACUUGAUAGAGCGUACACGGCAGUCUAUGGCAGGCUUUGAGGCAGCCCAAAAGAAGGCACAGUUAGAGCGAAGGCAAAGUAUCAAAGACGAAAAGAGGAAACAGCGACAAUCGCAUUUUCCAAGGGUUGUUCAAGAGGAAGAAGAUUCAUUAUCUCCAGCCACGCCAGCAAUUGAUCGAGAGGUAUUGAUGGAUGGAAAUGAUGUCGAUUACGCCAGUGUUUUCAUGAGUAGACCGAGAAUUGCUGUUAGUCCGACUCCAGCGAAGAAUAGGAUGAUAUCAUCUAUGAUGGAAAGUGAGGAUGAUGAAUUGGAGGAUAUGGAUGAGGUUAUGGAGAUGGGUGUGGAUGCGGAUUACAAAAAUGCUUUUAUGAGUAGACCAAGGAUCGCUUUGAGCCCGACGCCUGCUAGGAAUAGGAGAAUUAUGGGUAAUGAUGUGCAAGAGGAAGGAGAAGCAGAAGCUGUAAACAUGUGGCAUGAUCUUUGAGCAACAUUGAGCAGCCACAAUGUUUAUGACGAAAUCAACGAGUGGUGUUUUUGUAUCACAACGGCUUAUGAUUAAUGAGAAAUGAAAUUCGUUAUGAACGCCACACCUUCCUAUCUUGCUCAAUUGAGAUUCUAGUAGGGCUCAAUAAAUACUAACAAUCUGCCACUGUUAAACUUAUGCCCGUCUGAGUUUAUUAGGAUCGACCCAAGUUGAUUGUUACGGCGAUUGAUUUGAGAGGGGCGAAGAAUGAUUUACACACCAAGAGAGCGAAAUAAGUAGAACAUUUCAACUGACACAUAUAUGUUUUGAGCCACCAAAUAGUGGUGAAUUCAUUCUUCACCUUCCACUUGAUAUCUGCAAAGACAUAGUCUUCAAUUCCCUCGGUCAGUAUAUGCAAGCUGUCCGCUGGCUCAUUUCGCAACGUAGCAGGAUUAUUCACCACCCCCGACAACAUGACGACGCUUCUCACAUGGUGGCUAUCAAUGUGUAUUUUCUACUUACCUAUUGGCGUGCAGAAAUUUCUUGUCGCUGUUCGUCAUUCUACAACUUGUCUCAUAGAGGCGGUAGUUGUGAUAAGACUGAUGGGAAGGCUUUAUCCUUACGUGGCAGUCAUGGUAGUCAUGGUUUUAAUAUCGUGUAAUUGGCGGUCCCAAUAUAAUUGAUUUUUGUUGGCUGGCUUCGACUUCAAACCUUGUAUAUCAUUUACUGAGUCUCAAGUGUCCGAGUACCCGAUUUCUCAAAAUUCCAUCGUCACAAAUUAUUUUCCUCAACUUUUUCCUCUUGAUGCUGCUCGCGGCUUCAACAUUUAUGCGGAUAUGUUUACGGGGUUAACCAAGCAGAGCGCGCCAUAACUCUCGAAAUACCAGAGGAAAUUUAACCUAAGUGUGAGCAUAUCGCAAGAGCAAGCAGUGUUUCGGCUGUAGGUAUUGACGAUUUGGAGCUUCCGACUAGGUCUCGAAUUUGAGGUGUUACUGAUACAAACUAUACAAUUUAAGAGAUCUCAAAAAUACAUUCUAGAUAUCUCAAGAAUACGAU